AUGUCGCACCGCGUGUGCGUACGGCCAGAUGUUGUCACGACAACCCCAUGGUUAGCUCCAAUCGUUUGGGACGGCACAUUCGAUCAGACAGUGAUGGACGCCAUUUACAAACAACAAAACAUCACAGUGGCAACCACCGUAUUUGCUUUGGGCAAGUACGUUGACUUCCUGAAGGACUUUUUGGAGACGGCAGAGAAGAACUUUUUUCUGCAUUACAACGUUCAUUAUUACGUGUUUACAGAUCGGCCGGACGAUGUUCCAGCGGUGACUCUAAGUCCGGGACGUAAGCUGACUGUUCUAAAAACGGCGAGCUCAGACCGCUGGCAGGAAAUCACGCUGAGGAGGAUGGAGAUGAUCGAGAAGCUGAUCGAGGAACACCUCAUUCACAAAGCCGAGUACAUAUUCAGUCUUGACGUGGACUGCAAGUUCUAUGGCCCCUGGGGGGCGGAGUCUUUGGGUGACAUCGUCGCCACUCUGCACCCUGGGUAUUACGGAGAAUCGCGAAACAAAUUUCCAUACGAGCGGCGGCCUGAAUCGCAGGCCUACAUCCGGCAAGAAGAGGGGGACUACUACUAUGGGGGUGCAGUGAUCGGGGGGCGCGUGGACAGGGUGCUCAAACUCACCAAGACGUGUCGCAAACAGUUGGACGUGGACCGAGAAAAUAAAAUCGAGGCGGUGUGGCAAGAGGAGUCUCAUUUAAACAAGUACUUCCUGUACAACAAACCCAGCAAGGUGCUCUCACCUGAGUACCUGUGGCAGGACUUCAAAGCAAAACCCCCCAACAUAAAAGUGAUCCGUUUCUCUCAGGUCAUCAAGAACUAUGCACAGGUUCGACCCAACCCCUGA